UAUAUUGUGAGUACGCUGUAUUUUAUUUUGUUCAGUAUAUAACUUUGACAUCUACGUAUCUGUUAAGAAAUGCUAUAAGAUACUAACAUUUCUUGGAAUUUAUGAGCCAAAAUAGCUUAUUCCAUGUACUUAUCAACUGAAUUAAUAAGUGAUUUUGUAUGAUAGAUAUUUUUAUCAAAAUGAAUGCCAUUAUAAGAGCGAUAGUACUAUGGCUAACUGCUGAAUGCCACUCACAGCAAAUUUUUUAAUUCUUUUUUUUGUUUCAAAAUGUUUACUAAAGCUAGUAAUUCAAAAACUGAAAAGGUUAAUGAUUCUAAUCUUGUUAAAUUAUCAAAAAGAAUUUCUAAGCCUCUAAUUAGCUUAGAAAGAGUUCCUGAAAAAGAACUGCAAUUAACGAAAGAAGUUAGUAUCAGAUGUAUUAAUCGAAAAGAACUUUUCUUUGAAAAAGCAUCUUGUAGUCCACCCGUUUGCAACAUGCCACAAGGUUUACCUGACAAAUCUGUUAAGACAGAUAGAACUGUUCUUUCUGAAAAUGGUUUUUUUAAGCAAGAGGAUGUAGGAGAUGGUGAUUCUAAUAACUUCUAUGGAAAAGACUGGGAUGAAAUGGAAUUUUUAGAAAGUUCUGUUUCUGCUAAGAAUUACAAUACUCUCAGUGACUCAAACAGAACUACUAGUGAAGCCUUGAAUGGUAAAUACGCGCGCACAAGGAAAAACUUGGGUAAAAGAAUGUCAGCUGACAAUAUUGCUAAUGGACUUGAUAAAAAGACAAGUCUGCAGUCUUUUAAAACUGAUGAUAGUCAUUUAUCUUCUUGUAUUACAAAAUCUAAUAGUGCAGCAUUAAGAAAAUUAACUCAACAGUCUAUUUUAAAUUCUUCUAAUGCAUGUAUAUCUCCUCAGAAACCUCUUUUAAACCCUGCAUCAUUCAACAGUGCUAGUACAUCUAAAGUAAAACCAUCUCUUUUAGAGAUUGCAAAAAGGUUCACUGCCAAUUCAAGUCUUGUUCCCACUGACAGUCCAACCAGUAAAGCUAAUUUUCCGAAAUCAAGCCUUUCAUUUAAAAAUUAUAUGAAUAAAUUAAGAAGUGAGCCUCCCAGAGCAAGGUCUGUGACUAAUGUGUCUCUCCAGUCUUUAGUUCCAGAAUCAAUUGAAAUAUCACUUGUUCCAAAUACUUUGAAGUCUCCCUUAAAAAAGAGUAAUGUUAAAGAUUGUAAACUAAAAGAAAGCACGCUGAAAAAACUACCAGUCUCAAAUUCAAAGCAAGUAGAAAAGAAUGCCAAAGCAAUUAAGGUUAAACAAAGUACCAAAAAGAGAAGUUCAGAACCUGUAGGAAAUGCAGAAAAAAAAUCUAAAAGUGAGAAACAUGAAAAAACCAAGAUCACUAAUGAAACAAUUUAUAACACAUCACUCAAUAAUUCCAUUCUAACAAAUGUUACUGAAGCUGGUCAUAUUAGUGAUAAAGAAAUAUCUUCAUGGUUAGAUGAGGAAAUACAAAAAGGGGCUGAAGAACUACAAAUAAAAGAGCCUUCUAAUGUUAAUCCUGUAUCUCAUGUUAUUACUAUGGAUUCUGGUCUUGAAAAUGGAAAUGUGAUAAAUCCAACUUCUUACAUAUUCACUCCUACGUUACCAAAUACCUUAAGCAAUACCUAUGUUCCAUCCAAUAUGAAUAAUAAUAAUAUCAUUUAUGAUGUCAAUUCAUUUUCUUUAUACCCACCUGUAGCUGCUCCCCCUUCAACCACUGUUUUUAUUCUUCCUGUUUCUUCCAAUUUCUCCACAGUCCCAGAUACACCUGGUCAUACGAAUAGUCUCCCUCCUUCCCAACCGAUUGUAAAAGUUACUUGCAAUGGUAUGGAUGCAGACUCUGUUUUUAAAAGCAUCUGUAAGACUUUUUAUCAGUCUGCUGAAACUAGUAUACAGAAUUCAGAUAGUGCAAAUGCUAUAUAUAAUGAAACAAGUAACAAUGUUGUUCAAACUAAUUCCAUAGUUCAAACAUCUCUAACUGCCAGUUCUAGUACUUCUGCCCAACAACCAGGAACAUCUGGGAAUAAUUCAUCAGUUCCAAAAGAACCUGGCAUUAGGGAAGUUUGCACUGCCGAUCGAGGUUCUUUGGUAUUGAGCUAUUUUUGUGAACUCAUGAAAAAUAGUCCUAAACGUCCUUUAGAGGAAUAUAGAAGGGAAGCAAACAAGGUUUUAGACAUUCUUUCAUCUUUACCUCGUUAUCUAUCUGUUAAGUACUUUCACAGCAUUGCAGAGGACUACUUUUCUGACUUAUGCUUUCGUGAUUCAUCGUCCCUAUGUACAAAAUUCACAUUUAAUGAAAAUUUGGAGGAAUCUCGCCUUAAUGAAGUUCUUAAGGAAUAUGUUUCUUUUCAGGUGAAAGAAAUUGUAAAAAACUCUCAAAAUGAACCUUUCUGUGUCAAAUCAAAUUUUCUUUUUAAAGCUUGUAACUCCAAAUUGACUUAUUUUGAAAAAUUGGUAUUGAAGAAGAUGCUGAAAGGUAAUCAGAGUGUUGAUUUGGAAGAAUUAAUCAGUCGUCUGUUUUUUGUAGGAUUAGUUGUGGUAUUCAGUGUCCUAAAAAACAAAAGGGACAGUAAAUAACUUUUAAAACAGUCUUGUAUGUUUUAAAUUUCUUAUUCACCUGUUUUUUUUAAGUUGUGCUUAUAAAUAUAGGCAGAAAUGGUCUGACUCUUAUUUGGAAAAAUAAUUCACAUUUGCCUGGUUUUUCGAAGCUCUUUCACCAUGAAAAUAAAAUUAAAAAAAAAAAAAAAAACAGUUUAAAUUUCUUGCACUUGAAGAAGAGCUAUUAUUUUAAACUGAAAUCUUGCCUUGAAAAAUUACCUGGGCUUUAGAACAGACAAAGUUAUUAAACUUUUUUAAAAGUUGUUAAACUUUUUAAAAAUCUUUAUAUUGGUGGUAUUUUUCCUCCUAUGAAAAUUUAUCAAAAUCAAUGCCUUAUUCUUAUAUUUUUGGCAAAUUUUUAUGAGCCCAGAUAAUGCAUCAUUGGAUUAAGUUUUUAAAUAUUAAAAAAUUAAACCACAAGCGCUUUUCAUUUUCUCAAAACUGGUUUUUCUCCUUAUUGACAUUUCGUACCAUUUUCAACAUAAACAGAGGGCUAAACUUGCCUAACAGUCGAGUAACUGUUGAAAAUUCACAGAAGUUAUGAAAAUAGCAUAUUCACAAAAACCAUCAUUUCAUCUAAUGCAACUACAGAGCUUACGAAAAUCAGCAUUAGCCCAUUAAUGUCAAAAUCACUUAUGUAAAAAAAUUUCACUGAAUCAAUCAUUAAACAAAAGCACUUUUCUUCUGGACGUAUGC